UUUUAGCAUGGUGUACUUCUGCCGAACAGAGAAAAUAAAAACAUCUCCAGUGUUUCUUGUAAGCCAAUAAUAUUUUGUUAUUUGAAUGUGUUCACAGCUCGGUGGAUACACACAUGGGCAGAUUUAAUCAGCAGCAGAUAUCAGAUUUUGAUGGCUAUUUAACAAAGAAAUGAAGUGACAGCGUUAGCUGUGAUAUUGUGGGAUUUUGAGCUGUUGAAGGCUACAGGCCAGUCAUUUCAUUGAUAGUGCAGAGUCAAUGUUCAAUUGAGUGUGCUUGGCUCAUGAAAUAACAAAAUUGUUACUCAUAUAUUUAUCAUUUUGCAGACUUAGACAUUCAACUUUGGAAAGUGUCAAUAGAUCUCCAGCUCAUGGGAGUGAACCUCUACAGACGAUAAGGAUAUUUCAUACCAGUAAAUAUCUCUUUUGUUGAAGUGAUUGGUUUAAACAUCCAGAGGACUCAGGUAUAAAAGAAAAUGAUAUCUGCAAUUCGUUUUCGAGUUGAUCACAAAACAAAACCAAAGGAAAACUGAAGAGUGAACAUUUCCACGUAGCUACCCUGGAUCCUGAGAUGUAGACAUACUAAAGUGGCGACAUGGAUGUCAGUCAAAGGAAACUGAUUGGAAACAAUAGACCAGAAGCUUCUACCUCAGUUUAAAAAUACCAGACAGUGUUAAAAUUAGGAAGCAACUGACAUUUUUAUGAUGUGAAAAACAAGUGUUGCUCCUAAAAGUCUUCUCUAUGACAAAUCCAUGACAAACUGUUACAAAGGAUGUAAAAGAUAAAGAAUAGGGAUCAAACAAUUCCAGCAUCAUGAAUGAAAUGGAAAGACACAUUCAACAAACCAAUGACCGCCUCAGCUGUAUCAAACAGCACUUGGGGUCCCCGGGAGCCUUUCAGAAUGCUGCUCGUGAGCUUCUAGACUGGUGCUCUGACCUGCGGGCCUUCCAGCGGCCGUUUGAAGGAAGUCUGAUGCAGUGUCUCACAAUUGUGAGUCAAGUUGCCCCACAACCUGGAUAUGACCUUGACCUGGGUUACAGAUUACUUGCAGUUUGUGCAGCACACAGAGACAAGUUUUCAACCAAGUCAGCAGGCAUGCUUUCUAUGUGGUGUGAAGAACUUGGACGACUUCUUCUGUUAAGACAUCAAAAGAAUCGAACCCCUGACUCUAAAUCACCAGGCAUGCACCCACAGCUACAGCAGAAACCAAUGCCUCCUAUGGGCCAUGGUGACCCUAAUGGUGGUUGGAUGCCUGGAAAUCAAGGCCCCCCUUCCCUUUCGGUGGUGACCACGGUGUGGGGGAUGACCCAGUCUACACAGAGCGGUCCCUUCAACCACAGUACCCCCGGAUCAGGGUACACCAACACUACCAUGUCCUCAACCAACUACACACAGCAGCCCCAAGGAUUCACGGGGAAUCAGAUGCAGAAACCUCCCUAUAACAUGGGACCCAUCACUAAUAGACGGGACUCUGGGGGGUACAACAGACCAGGGUACCCUCCUACUCCAAACACACCGGGCUCUAACACACCCAUAUCAGGACACAAUGAGUACCCUGGAGGUCCAGGGAUGCCACAGGGAAACCCGGCCCUAUCAGCCGCUCUGGUUGCCGCAGCAGCAACAGCAACCGCGACUGCCACGGCAACUGCUAGUAUGGUAGCCAUGCAGGAUCAACAACAGCUCAACAUGCAGAUGAAUAUGAAUGGGCAGUACCCACCACAGAUGCCAGUUCAGAAUCAGUUUAAUCAGUAUCAAGGGAUGCCCCAAAGGGGAGGACCCAUGAAUAUGGGUCAUGGGACAGCACCCGGCCCAAUGAUGAACAAAGGCAUGUACAUGCGGCGUACUGCUCCCUACCACAAUCCACAGAUGAUGAAAGCAAGGCCUGUCACUGGCGGUCAGCAGUACCCCAAUGGAGCACAGUAUGGCCCACAGUACCUAAACCAGCAACAGUACCCAAACAAACCUCAGUACCCCCCAGCCCAGCAGCCCCUACCCUCCCCAACCUAUGGUCCUCAGCAACCAGGAAUGAGGCCCAGUGCUCCACCUCACUACCCUAAUGGUCAGAAUCCUUACAUGACAGGCCAGUACCCUCCACAAGGCAGACAGCUCCCUCCCCAGGGCCCGGGAUACGGCCCCUCCCCUCAGUACAGCAAUGGACAGCAGAACUUACAGUCCUCCAACAUGAGCUAUCCUCACUCCCCCUUGCCUGGUAACCCCACCCCACCCAUCACACCAGGGGCGGUGCAGCCUCCAUACCCCGGCCAGAUGCCAAUCAAGAAAGACCCUGAGGAGUUACGCCUAACUUUCCCUGUCCGGGAUGGUGUAGUGUUGCCUCCAUUCCGAUUGGAGCAUAACCUGGCAGUAAGCAACCACGUCUUCCACCUCAGAGAUUCUGUGUAUCAAACCCUUAUGUGGAGAUCUGACUUAGAAUUACAGUUGAAGUGUUUCCAUCAUGAGGAUCGGCAGAUGAACACCAACUGGCCAGCCUCAGUGACCGUUAGUGUUAAUGCCAACCCCCUAAACAUAGAACGGGGAGAGAAUAAGACCUCCCACAAACCACUGUACCUCAAAGAUGUCUGCCAGCCCGGCAGAAAUACCAUUCAGAUCACUGUCACAGCAUGUUGUUGUGUAAUUCUCUUAUAUAUUAUAUAUGUGUUACAAUUGAUUUUCAUUUUUUUUCGUCCAAUUUGUGUGUGCAAGUGUGCGGUACUUCAGGGCCUACUGAAGAAGCGACUAUUACCUGCAGAGCAUUGUAUCACCAAAAUCAAAAGAAAUUUUACAAGUGUGACAAGCAACAACAGCAUAAACAGUGAGGAUGGCGUGGAGCAGACAGCUAUAAAAGUAUCCCUAAAGUGUCCAAUCACAUUCCGGCGAAUUAUGCUUCCUGCUCGGGGACACGAGUGUAAACACAUACAGUGCUUUGAUCUGGAGUCGUAUCUUCAGCUGAACACAGAACGUGGCUCCUGGCGGUGCCCUGUGUGUAGUAAAACAGCAUUACUGGAGGGGUUAGAGAUUGACCAGUACAUCUGGGGAAUUCUCACCAACCUUCAGACAACAGAAUUUGAGGAGGUCACUAUUGACCCCAUGGCAGCUUGGAAACCUGUGCAGCAUAAAACUGCAGUCAAAGAGGAGGAAACAGGAGACAACUCCUGUGGUGGUCGAUGGGUCAAAGCAAUGUCCCCAUCAAGCAUGCAGCUACCGACCAUGAGUACGUGGGACAUGAUGGGGGGUGGCCGACAAGCUGCAUCACCUUUUACCAUGAACUCUGGCCAAGGAUCCCAGUAUCCCGGAAUGCCAAAUGAGAGCAUGCCAAAUGGACCAGUUAGUACGGGUUAUCCCCACCCAGGUCCUCCCUCAGACUAUAGUUCCCCACUCACACAUAUGUCAGAGAGCAUAAACAAUAUUAGCAAUGGAAAUUCCAUUAACAGUGGAAAUUCAAUGAACAAUGUGCCACAAAGUGACUCCUCUUCUCAAAUGACUCACAAUGCAGGACAGUUUGUCCCAGUGUCGGGGGACCAGGGCAUGCCCACAUUAAGGCACCCUGACCAAAACAAUAUGAACAGUCACAUGACUCCCUCCAGCCAAUCAUCACAAAGCAUGAGUAACGGCAGCCAUCAACUCGAUCACCAGUCACCUCCUAGCAAUCAGAAUAAUACAUCAGGGGCAGAUAACUGCAAUUCAAUAGAAGAUAUCAAUUUGGACCCGUCUACUAUUAUGAAUGAUAGUCAGAGUAACAAUUUAGAUCUCCAGCUAGAAAAUUUUGGUGAUCCAAUUGAACUGUUAUCGUAUUUGGGACCACCUGAGAGUUCUGGGAACGAAUCGCCCGGGGCACAGAACACAAACACUAACAACAGCAAUUCUACGUCCACAAACAAUCAAACCUCAACCAGUGCCAAUAGCAAUAAUGAUGAUUUGUUGGCUCUGUUUGAAUAGCAAACUAUUGUAUGAUUUUAAGUAUUUCAAGAGCUGUUGUGACACGGAACAGACAGAGACUGUUGUCAGGGAAGCCACCACCUCUGUGUAAUCGGCCAGUUGUCUUACAGAUCUGCAGUGGGGAGGAUCAAACUUCAGAUUUUAUUUCUCUACUUGCUUUAUCAUAUAUUUAUUGAUACUGAACAUCAACUUGCCUGGAUUUAUUGUUAUACUUCAUUUGUAUCACUCUAACUUAAUGGAGGGGACAGGAAGUCCCCCACCCUAAAUCUGUUCAUUAAAAUGCAGCCUUUUGUGGGCAGCAUAACAAAAAAGGCAUGUGAUAUCCACAUCUGAUUUGUUAAUAUAUUUUGAAAGUUGUCCAAUGACAGCAUUCUUUGGUCAGACUUUAAGGCUCCUAUAAUGUAAUGGGAGACCUCAGUUUUGAAUAGGCAGCAAAUGACAUAAAGAGUUUUUCUGUAGAUGAUAUUUGUAUGUUUCUAAGAGAGUUCUAUGCUAUGUUUCUGUCUUUGUCUAACAUCCUCAACACCUUAUUAUGUGCUCAUUAUUUUUUGCUGCUCAUUUGUAAUUUUAUAAUCUUUUUAGAAAGCAAAUUUUGUUUUCAUUCAGAUACAGUGACUUUGAUUUGAAAAUUGGGGUUAUAAAUUUGGUUUCUUUAGGUGGAACUUCUUUAAUGUACAUGUGUAUAUUUUCCUAUGUUAUUUGUGUCUUCCUUAUGUUAACUGCAAAGUACAUCACAUGCAAUACAAAUUACAGGUGGCUCUUAGAAAAACAGCUGAUUUGUGAUGCAUUAGCCUUUUGUAUACAUAACUAUGAACUUAAUAGGUGUCAAAAAAUCCCUUAAGUGUAACAGUUAUGGACACUUUAGAAGUUUUUAUUUCAAAACGAGUAUGUCUGAUAAAAACAGCUUAUGUAACCCAGAACGCAAGUUGAUAUACAGUAUUAUUUAUAUGUAUCUUUAGUGCAAGUUAUAAAUUUAUGCAUGAAAGGGUAACAUGCAAAGAUGUUGAAGCAAUCAACCCUUUUUUCAUGAUUUAAUUGGCAAAUUUUGAAUGUGCAAUAUCAGAAAGAAAUUUUUUACUGUUUACCUUUAUUUUGCUGUAAAGUAUUUUUUUAAGGUCUUAAAAAUUGGAUUUAACCCUAUGGAGAGACAUUUUUGUUGGGUUAUUUUAUACAGAUAGGUCACAGGAAAUGUUAGCCAGAAACCUCCAUGACAAUGUUCUAGGUUGGAAUUUUUAGGCACACUUUUGUAAUCCUGGGGGAUAUUUCAGAUCUUUUACAAGCUGUUUGUAGGAUAUAAUUGUCUUAAUUUAAUUUUUUGUAUAAUAUUUAUUAAUAGUUAUUUAAAUUUUCAUUUAUGAAAAUGAAUCAUGUCCAUGGCAAAUAUUCUUUUGUGUCCAAGUUCCGAAGUAGGAUAGAAAUGUACAUAGAUUAUAUAUAUUAUAAAUACAGAAUAUAUGUUAUGUUUUAA